ACAAUGGCAACACUCUGUGUGACAGUUUGUUAGGAACUUGGAAGUAGUGUUGUGAUUUACAUUAAAGAUUUUUUUAACAAAAAAAUAAAAAAUGAGACCGUUAAUGCUUCAGGGACAUGAACGUUCCAUAACUCGGAUUAAAUACAAUCGCGAAGGAGAUUUGCUUUUUUCCUGUUCCAAGGAUCAAAAGCCUAACGUUUGGUAUUCUUUAAACGGCGAGCGUCUGGGCACUUAUGAUGGACAUCAAGGAGUUGUGUGGUGUCUUGACGUAGAUUGGACGACCACAAAGUUGAUAACUGGCUCUGGUGACAUGACUACCAAAGUAUGGGAUGUAGAACAUGGUACAGUUAUUGCGUCUAUUCCUUCGAAGUCAUCAGUGCGAACUUGCAAUUUUAGUUAUUCGGGCAAUCAAGCUGCUUACUCCACCGAUAAAGCUAUGGGACAAAAUUCUGAAUUGUUCCUCAUUGAUGUACGAACAGUGGACGCAACCACGGCUGAUCAAAGUCCAAUCUUACGUCUCCCUAUGUUGCAAUCCAAAAUUACCUCAAUGUUAUGGGGUCCUUUGGAUGAAACAAUCAUAACUGGGCACGAUAACGGUCAACUGUCCAUUUGGGAUGUUCGCAAAGGACGUGAAGUAAAUUCCGUUAAUGAUCAUACGGCUGGCAUAAAUGACAUGCAAAUGUACAAAGACGGAACGAUGUUUGUAACUGCAUCUAAAGACACGUCGGCUAAAUUAUUCGACUCUGAGACGUUAAUGUGUUUGAAAACUUAUAAAACCGAGCGGCCGGUAAACUCCGCCGCGAUUAGUCCCAUAUUGGACCACGUAGUACUGGGCGGUGGUCAAGACGCAAUGGAAGUUACAACCACUUCCACUAAAGCCGGUAAAUUUGAUUCCCGUUUCUUCCAUUUAAUUUACGAGGAGGAGUUUGCUCGUCUUAAAGGCCAUUUUGGACCAAUAAACAGUUUGGCUUUUCAUCCAGACGGUAAAAGUUUUGCUUCAGGCGGAGAAGAUGGUUUUGUGCGGGUGAAUACAUUCGAUAGUACAUACUUUGAACCGAUAUUCGAGUAAUUCGCCAGAAAACUUUUCUUGUG